GGAGGAGAGGAGCAGUGAGCAGGCCCGAGAAGGCAGGACUUCCUGGUGUGGGGGUUGUCAACAGCCCAGAAAGAGAGAGGCCGAGACGGAGACGGAGAGGGAGCCGAGCCGAGGAGCCCAGAGUUCCAUCCAGUGGGGCCACGUGGGAGGAGCCUGGAGGGAGCCACUCGAGGGACCUGGAGCCAGCGGGGGGCUGAGCCGCCCCCUCCCACAGCCACCGGGAAGACCCGCGGAGUGUUAACCGAGGCCGCGCCUGGGCUCCGCCGUGGAAGCGCCGCCGGUUUCUUCUCGUCUCCGCUGCAAACUUUCCACGGAGAUGCCUCGCAGAGUGAGAUGCAGACGCCGGAGAGCACUGGGUAGCCCCUGAUUGCCGUCUGCCGUGGCCUGCAUUGCUCAGGGGUCCAAGAGGCCCUAAGGAAAAAAAAAAAAAAAGGACAUCUUUAGUCCCCAGGUCCGCUCUCCAGCUCAGCUCGGCGGCCGAGGCCCGAGAGUUUGCAAGCUCAGCUCUGGGGUUUCAGCAGCGACAGCAGCAGGAAAAACCUGCCUCUGCCCCCCCUCCCGUCACCUCCCCUCCCCUGUACUCCAGUCACUAACUAGGCACCCCCAGUUCCCACAAGGCCCUCCUGCCAUGUCGGACCCAGACGUCCCCAGGGGCCCCGAUGUCCCUGCCAUGUGGCCCCCUUGUUCCAGAGGUGCCUGAGCCCCUCUCCAGGAGCCCAGCCCCUCCCCCACCCGAGCCUAGUCGGGAGCCCCAGGGACCAUGAGUGGUGGUAAGAAGAAAAGUAGUUUUCAGAUCACCAGCGUCACCACGGACUAUGAGGGCCCAGGAAGCCCAGGGGCUUCGGAUUCCCCUGUCUCACCGGCUCCCGCUGGGCCCCCGCCCCGCCUCCCCAAUGGGGAACCCAACCCUGAUCCAGGGGGCAGGGGCACCCCCCGGAAUGGCUCCCCGCCACCUGGAGCCCCUGCCUCCCGUUUCCGGGUGGUGAAGCUGCCCCAAGGCUUGGGAGAGCCUUAUCGUCGAGGUCGGUGGACGUGUGUGGAUGUUUACGAGAGAGACCUGGAGCCCCCAAGCUUCGGCCGGCUCCUGGAGGGAAUUCGAGGGGCCUCAGGAGGCACUGGAGGCAGAUCAUUGGAUUCUAGGUUGGAGCUGGCUAGCUUGGGCAUAAGCACCCCUAUCCCACAGCCAGGCCUGUCUCAGGGCCCCACCUCUUGGCUCCGCCCGCCCCCCACUUCUCCUGGACUACAGGCCCGCUCCUUCACAGGGGGGCUGGGCCAGCUGGCAGGGCCUGGCAAGGCCAAGGUGGAGACACCCCCGCUGUCAGCCUCUCCACCCCAGCAACGCCCCCCAGGGCCUGGGCCUGGAGAUAGCGCUCAGCCCCUGCCCUCUCUGAGGGUCGAAGUGGAGUCUGGGGGUUCAGCAGCUGGAACCCCUCCACUGUCACGGAGAAGAGAUGGAGCAGUUCGCCUGAGGAUGGAGUUAGUUGGUCCAGAGGAGACAGGGAAGGUGCCUCCGAUCGACUCUCGCCCCAACUCACCAGCCCUCUACUUCGAUGCCAGCCUGGUCCACAGGUCUCCAGACCCCUUUGGAGCCGCAGCGGCCCAGAGCCUCAGCCUGGCUCGGUCCAUGCUGGCCAUCAGUGGUCACCUGGACAGUGAUGACGAUAGUGGUUCCGGAAGUCUGGUUGGCAUUGACAACAAGAUUGAACAAGCCAUGGUCCUGUCCUGGAAACGUAAAGCCAAGCCAUACAUAUCCAGGCAGCCCAAGAAACAACCAUUGAAGGGAGUGGAGAAGACCUCCACGGACUUUGAUGUGAAAAAUUUGGUCAAGCCCCGCAAAGAGUCCAAGGUCUCUGACCUGAAUGUGUGCCCGGGGGGGCUUGAACCCCCUGUGUUGGCCACUGCCAAGGAAAGGCCCUCUGUGCCACCCGUUGUGCACCGAGAGAGUGAGACUCUGGAGAUUCUCCAGAGUCACAAGAGUCGCUCCCUGAUGCGGCUGUCCCAGACCGUAGUGCACUCAGUUUCCAUGUUGAUGUGCUCAGCGCUGCAGUCUGGCUGGCGACUGUGUAAGUGGAAGUCUUCUGUGAGUUCUGCCUCAGUUUCCUCUCGACUAAGGACCCGGACGGCCUUGGAGACGCCAGAGGCUGAGAUGCUACGGGAAGUGUACCUGGUACUCUGGGUCAUCCGCAAACAACUCAGAGGGCUGGCCCGCAGGCAGGAGAGGCGCAGGCGUCGCCGUGUGCGGUCCCACGCGUCCUACAUAUCCCGCCCCUCGGAUCCCGUGCAGGGCCUCAAACCGGAUGCCCGAAGUCCCCUCUAGGCAGGGGAGCCCCAGAUCCUUAGAAAGUCCCCACUCACUCUUAAAGAAGGUUGGCAGGAGGGGUUGAAGAGCCAUCAGGCCAGAGUUGCUGGUGAGGAGGCCAUACUGUCACCUCUCAUCCGAAGCCCAAGACCAGGCCUGGGGUCGAACAUACUCCCCUUCCGUGUUUGUUCAAUUUGUAGAAAGAAAAAAAAAUUAUCUAAAUAUUGAGAAAUAAAUAUCGGAUGUUUCUGAGUA